CCGUAUGGUGGCCUCCGUCUCGGCAUUCCUCGCCAUCGCCCGCCGCCUCUCGGGAAAACUGAAGGCCGCCAACUCCAACAUGAUAAAAAACAACCACCAGUCAAAAGUCGCGCCGAAUAAGUCACCGAUGAUGAGGAAGCCGAAGCAGCUAAUGUCGACCAUAAGCAACAAGGCCAUCACGUUCCUGCACCGGAAAAAGAUCGGCGAGGAAUCGGACAGUAGGGGCCGCCUCCACGCGGAGGAGGAGGAGGAGUGGGGGGACGGUGGGGUAUGGCAGAGGUCGAUCCUGAUGGGGGAUAAGUGCGAGCCGUUGGCUUUCUCGGGCGUAAUUUAUUACGAUAUUGACGGGAAGAAACUUAACGGAGCUCCCAUAAGGUCCCCACGUGCAAGUCCGAUGCCGGGGUACCUCGAGAGGGGUAAGACAAACUGACGGCGCCGUUAAAUUUCAAGUGUUUCGUCGGAGAAGACGACAUGUUUUCCAGCGUUAAUUUGUCUCUGUUUUUUUUUUUUCGCUUCGUUUUCGUGGUAUUGCAACUGUUGUGUCGUGACGUAUCACGCAUGUGAGUUCUUAUUGGUAUGGUGGGCGCAUGUAUGAGUUUUAGGGGCCACAGUUGACGUCCUCGUCGUUGGCGUCGGAAGUAGGUAGUUGAACUUCUCCAGUGUAAUAGGGCGGGGACGUGUGUACAUAUGGAACGCAUUUGGAUUUUGCAACCCCUUUAAUUUGUGGAUGAUUUUUAAAUUUAGUGGAAAAAAAUGGACUCGUGGGUUUUAGAUUUUA